GAGAUGGUGGUGGGGGGGGAGAGGAACACAACUUGCUGGGAGUUCAGCGUCGCAGGAGAGGAGGCAGCGAGGCUGGUCAGAAGGUUCCUUAGCAAGGAUUGGCCCCUCUGCCAUUUCCCACACAUUCGAGGAAAGAGAAGAAACGGUAAUUAGUGUGCCUAUUGGAAAAGCCGCUUUAAAGUUGGCGAAGAGACAAGAGUAGCCGCGGCGCCCAGAAGGUGGGCCCAAAGGCGGGCGGUGCUCAACGAGCUGCGGGGAUGCUUCAUCAAAGCAGGAAGAGGCGAAACGCGGGGGAGCCUCGGGGCAUCCACUUCCACGAGGCCACCUCGAAACACCGAGCUUUUCUUCCUCAGGCGAGCAAGGCUGCGCACGGAGGUUUGGCCAACGGUAACGAUUCCCGUCAAACAUUCCCUAAGUGGAUGUUAGUCCCCUGGUGGGCUGCGCGUCGCGGAAAAGGGCCAAGGCUAAGUGGAAGUCGCCAUCUCGGUCUCGCCGAGGACGAAGUAAAUGAGGAAGACGAAGGUCGGCGUUUCCCUCAGAUACGGCGCCUUUCGGCUCCUCGGAGGCUGGAGUUCAAGGAGAGAGAGAACAAGAACCCGGCCGGCGGAGAAAGAAGUGCUGCGUCGCGCCUGAGGAGCCAGCGCCAUCUGCUCGGCGUGGGCAUGACGGAUUACUAGGAAAGUCAGGCUGGGCUCGGAAGAGAUGCCAUUUCUGAUCUCGAGCUUAGCCCACAGUUGCCGACCGCGCGGCAGGGUAGGCCGCUCUCUUUUUCUGCACCGAAGUGCAUAAAUCUCGCGGGCCUUUACGCUAUUUUCUCUGCAAGACUCUAGACACGUGUCUGUGUUGAGAUAACAUCCAAUUAAAUCCAGGAGCGUUAAGGCGAGGUCUGCAUUCCUUGGGAGAAAGGUCGGCUUGCGUCGGGGUUGGGCUGCUGGACAAAGCGGCGGAAAGGCGCUUUGCGGUAGGGGAGACGAGAGGUUCCCCGCAAGGGCGUUGGGGAAGCCGCCUCUCUUCGGAUUGCUCUUUGCACGAAGCCCGAAAGACGGAAGGGGCGCUCCGGUUUGUGCUGGGGGAAGUUAACUAAAUUCAGCAGCAGUUUCUCGAAGUGACAGGGUGAGAAUUGAAUGCCUGCAGACUCACUAGCUUCCAACACAUUCUUUCCAAAGUGUCAGGUGUCAUGAGGUGUUCCCUGAAACGAUCACUUGCAACAGCCUUUUCUCUGUUUGUGUUGCUACUCAUCAUGAAUCUGGCUUCUUGGCACCAUGAAGAGGUUGCGAUGAACGAUGUUCAGCAGUGGGCUCAAAGAGUGGGUCUGCACCAUACUGUGUCUCACUGGACCGUUUAUAGCCUCCGAAUGUUUAUCAAUGCCACCAACACGUUGAAUAUCUCUUAUGACUACCUUGCUGGUUUGCCUCCACUCCGGAAAAAGUUUCUGACUUUAGGACUCUGUUCUGUCAAGCGGAUGAGAGUGGACUAUCUCCUGGAUACCCUGACAUCCAUCUUUGAACAAUCUUCUCAAGAAGAGCUGGAGGAAAUGGUGGUAGUGGUACAUUUAACAGAUCUAGAGUAUAAAUGGAAUUCUCAAAUGGCGUUGGAAAUUGCCAGAAAUUUUCCUGAUCAGCUCCAUCAGAGAAACCUAGUAGUUAUCCACACACCUCUUGAGUAUUACCCUCCCUUGGAAGGCCUAAAAAGGAAUUUUAAUGAUCCUGAGGAUCGGGUCCGCUUUCGAUCAAAACAGAAUGUUGAUUAUGCUUACCUCAUGAACUUUGCAUCCAACCUCUCCACCUACUACCUCAUGAUUGAGGAUGAUGUCCGUUGCACCAAACACUUCCUCACAGUAAUCAGAAGAAUUCUGGUAUCCGAGGAGGACACCUCUUGGGUCACUCUGGAAUUUUCCAAACUUGGUUACAUUGCCAAGCUCUACCAUUCUAGUGACAUCCCCCAGCUUGCUCGAUUCCUCAUGCUCUUUUACCAAGAGAUGCCUUGUGAUUGGCUUUUUGUGCAUUUCCGUCUCCUGCUUACACAAAAGGAGGAAAUUCGUGUCAGGCAAUCCCUUUUCCAGCACGUUGGUCAUUAUUCCUCCUUCCAUGGUACACCAAACAAACUGAAAGAUGAAGACUUCGAAGAGGAUUUUUCUAAAUUCCCUGACAAUCCCCCAGCAGAUACAGUAACCGAUAUUGAAACAUUUCUGGAUCAUAUACCCCAGAAGGCUUACAGUAGAGUGAUAGGCUACUUUUGGGGUAAGGCCCCUUCUUCUGGCAAUUCCUUCACAGUUAUCUUUAAACGGGCUGCCCCCAUCUUCCGCAUCCAGAUCCAUACAGGCUCUCAAGAAUACCCAGAUAGCUAUCUCCAUGAUGGGGUUGUAGCAUUGGGCACUCAUAAACUGCAUACAUCAAGCUCACAUUGUGCUAACUAUGUCACCAUUGGGCACUUUGACAAAGGAAAUUUUGACAAGCAGAACCUAGAGAAUAGUACUGCCUCUGACCCUGACUGUGUGCACAUUUUGGUAACUAACACUCAGACUGAAUCGCUGAUCAUAAAUAACAUAAGCAUCUGGAUAAAGCCUAAAUCCUGACUCCAUUUGAAUGAGCAGGAUCUCUCACAGUAUAAGAACAUUGCUUGCAGACAAGAUCCUUUCUGGAUACAAGAAUACAGGAUGCGGUGGAAGAAGUUAAUUCUGUGUUUUCAGUCCUAAUGAUGAUAUGUUUGUGAUCUAUUAUCUUACAGCAUAAGAGCCCACCAACAAUGUUUUUCAAAAGAGCUACAACUUGCAUUGUCUUCUGCUUGUCAGAGACUCUCCUUUUCCAAUUGAGUGUUUCCAGGGUUAUUUUGCAUCAAUCUUUUUUUCAUUCUCCCCGCAACAAUGUAGCUCUAUAUGAAAAUACAGUAAGAUAGGACAGGGGUCCCCAACCCCCAGGCUGCAGACUGGUACAGGUCCAUGGCCUGUUAGAAACCAGACCGCAUAGCUGGAGGUGAGCAAUGGGCGAGCAAAACUGCACAUGCAUGUGUGAGAUCUAGGUUGUGUUCUCCAUCGCCACCCCACCCUGGUUCUUGAAAAAAUUGUCUUCCACAAAACUGGCCCCUGGUACCAAAAAGGCUGGGAAGCACUGAGAUAGGAUGCUGAAAUAAGCUCAGCUGAUAGUAUUAGGAACCAACUGUGUUUCAAGAACAACUUCCUGUGUUUCUGUUAUUCAAGCUUCGUAUCUUUAAAUGGUAGUUUGGAAAGAUGGAGGCUAAAAGUUCCUUGAAGCAUAAUGUAUAACUUUAGAUCUGUUAACUUCUAAAUCAAACUCAAGGAUGUGCUCUUUGGCUUCAGAGAUAGGUUGUUCUAGCUCCAUCACUGUUAGUACUUGAAUUGAGAAGCCACAUAAAGAAAAAUGAUUGUGUUUGUGUUGGGGGGGUUUCAAUAAGGUUUUAAAUAUAUCUAUAAGAGCAAGUAGGGCCAAUGAGUCACUUCCACAGUUUUGCAAAUGAUAAGUUAAUAAGUGAGUAACAUUCACAGUUAGAUGAAGUAAUUUUUACCGAAGUGCAAUCUUUUUUCUAAAACCAUAGGAACAAUAAUUUGCACUUUAGCAUUGCUGAAGAAAUAUUUUUAGAUAUUUUUUAACAAAAUUUGUCCAGACACACAUUUAAUGAAUUUUUCUAAUUUAAAAUUAUGAUUGCAUAAUAUGUUUUACAUAAAUGCUGACUGAUGAAUGUAAUUUAAACAGCUGUCACCAUAUACAAAAAUAAGUAGGGUUUACUGUUAAUUUUAUAUUUGUUGCAUACAACUUUUUUUUUCUUUUCCUUUUUCUGUAUUUUGUUUGUAAUUCUUGCUUUUUUGUUGUUUUUCAUUAUUCUGUAAUUUGUAUUUUAUUUUUGGAAAAAUAAAAAAAAUUAAAAAAGAACUGUAAAAGGCAUUUCAGAUUAGCAUAAACUGUGACAUUGUCAUCUGGAAUGCAAAUUUAUUCUAUGGCCCAAGUUCAAAUUGAAGCAGCAGUAUAGGUCUUUACAGCUGAGUCAACUGAUGACCAACCUUAAAUUCUAGCUAUUCUAUUGAGCACUUUCAACUCUCCGUUUUAUUCAGCUUUUCUAAUUUUCUUUAAAACAAACACAUUUAACAACAGUUUUGAUCUCUUCAUAAGAAUUGCAAAAUCCUUGUGGAUACAUGAAUCCAUAUUUUAAAAAACUAUUGAAGUUUUACAGAAAAUUAUUAUACACUAAAUUGAUUGUCAUUUUGACAUAUAUUCUGAAUUUUAAUUCUGGAUUUCUUUUUUAUUAUGUGAUCUGUUCUCAGGAAUGUUUGAAUGAAAAUAUAACAAAAUAUUUAUACAGAUUAUAUUACAUGGUACAUGUUAGCUUUUUAAAGUGUACCCUAUUAUAAAAAAUAACUAAUCCAACUAAUAUGAGUAACUAUGGAACCACUUUUGGUUAAAUUAUACUAUCUAUUCUGAUUUUUUAUUUUUUUGCCAAGUUAAUAUAAAUCAAAACUUUCUAAUCUACUGGAACAAGGUGACAUUCACCUUGUCAGAAUCUCAGAAGCAUGUUUUUUUCUUCUUGCUUUUGCAUAACUGGAAAAUUCUUAGCGUGACCAGUGACUUCCCAUGUAGGCAAUUAACAUGCAGAUAGAUGUGUCCUAAAAUAAAAUUAAGGUUACAACAAUGUAAACUAUGCUGCUUGUAUUAACAUUUGCAAUGCAGCUUUUGCAGAGUACUGAAAAUUAGGAUUUCUAACGGAGAAGAACUCCCUGGAAGUAGUUACAUGAUAUAUUAACUCAUAGUUUGGAUUGUACAUUUAUAGUGAUCAUAUAUCCCCUUUUGCAUAAGUAAUAUUAUGCAGAGUGAAGGAGAGGAAUAAGAAAUAAUAUUUCAAAGAAAUUAGAUUAAAGAAAUUAAGGGAAUAGGGUAUAUUUGAAUCUGAAUUACAGAAUAUAUCUAAAGCUGAAGAGUUUGGACAAGAAAGUAGGCCUGUACAAUGCUUUUAAGAGUGGAAUCGAUCCCAAACAAUUGCUUCAGAGCGCAAAGGACUUCUUGCCAUCAAGUUACUAAAGCAGCCAUAUCGUUUCCCAGGCUCAUAUGGCUAUUUCUGGGAGGCUUUUGCAGCAGCAAACCCUGGAAACAGAUGUGACCACUUUUAUUAAUUUCCAAGAGAUGUUGCAUCUGCAUUGUCACUCAGCUUUUCAGCAUUAAAUCUGGAUGCACAAAUGCAACAGAAAACCAUUCAUGAAAUGGGUGGAAGUUGAAAGUUCAAAAUUGUACUUUUUUCAUAUUUGAGUUUGUCAGUAAAAAAUAAAACCUCUUUAUGCAGUA